GUCCUUUUGUUUGCUCUGAAAACACAAGUCUGCCACGUCUCAAGUGCGAGUCGGAGACAAAGUGACAAGUUUUGGGGGAAUGGUCUGCGUUGUCUGAGGUUUCUGUGUGUGUGCCGAGAAGGAAUCACCUUUAACAGCGCUGCGGGGAGGACUGGCGGAAGGCUUUUGCUAUAUUUCUUAUCCUGUUCUGAGAAAAGGUACAGUUUGGCUGUUGGUCCUCCCAAGAAAGUUCCCAAAGUCAAGGGUGUAGAAUCUGCAGCAGUGCAAGCAUUUCUCAGGCGGCAAGAAGAAGAAAAGAGAAAAAAAGCACUGGAAGAAAGAAGGAAGAAAGAGCAGCUCUUGGCAAGGCGUAUUGAACUGAAACAUGACAGAAAGGCAAGAGCUAUGGCCUCACGAACAAAGGAUAAUUUUUAUGGCUAUAAUGGCGUUCCUGUUGAAGAGAAGCCUAAAAAGAGGAGGGCUUCUGAGAAUGUUGCUCAGGCCCCAGAGGCUGAGUAUGCAACAGAAGAUGAAACUGAGCAACUUGAAUACAGUCAGACAGAAUCUGAGCAUGAGCAAGAAGAAUAUGAAGAGAAACCAUCCAAAGCUGCAGUGAAACCAAAGGCACCUCCCAAAAGUGCACCAGCACCUCUGAACUUUGCAGAGCUCUUGAGGCUUGCUGAAAAGAAACAGUACGAACCAGUGGAAAUAAAACCAGUGAAAAAGGUAGAAGAGAGGCCCAGAACAGCAGAAGAAUUGAGAGAGAGGGAGUUUUUGGGACGGAAAAACAAAAAACUAGAAAUGCAUAAAAAAAGUGAGAAGGAGAUUAAGCCUACAGGGAUAUCCAGUUCUUCAAAAAAACUGUCUUCUCAAAAAGCAUCUGUAAACACAAAACUUAAUAAAAGCUCAGUAGAUAAACAUUCCACAUCUAAAAGCGGUCUGUCGCUUUCUAUGGGUGGUAUUGAUAAGAAAUCCAAAGCACCAGCAUUGACUGAAAAACACCCACGGUCGUCAUCUUCUUCCAGACUUGAUCAAAUGGAAAAAAACUCACAAAAUGGUUCCUUAAAAAGUUCUACUGGCAGCAGUCAUAAUAAAUUACCUGUCAAUGGUAUUAGAAAGUCUGGCUCAAGCUCUCACGUGCCACCCUCAAAACCCAUGGCCAACGGGGCCCAGAGAAUGCCAUCCGGGAAAGAAUCCAGCCUGACAAAGUCUGCCCAUGCAAAAGCUGGAAAACCUGCAGCCCUUCAGCAUGGAAUCAACUCCAACGCAAAGCGAUCCGGCAGCAGCUUAGGAAAAGGAGGACCUGGGCAUCCCGGGGGCGGCUCGAGUGCAGGACCGGGGCGAUCAAGCAGCAAUUCUGGCGUGGGGCCUGGAAGGCCAGGGAGCGGUGUAAGCUCAGGACCUGGGAGGCCGGGCAGCAGCUCAGCCACGGGGCCUGGGAGGCCGGGCAGCAGCUCAAGCACAGCCCCGGGGCGGCCGGGGGGCGGCUCAGGCGUGGGGCCGGGCCGGCCGACGGGCAGCUCGAGCGCAGGGCCCGGGCGGCCGGGAGGCGGCUCGGGCGUGGGACUGAAGCGACCGGCUGGCAGCUUGGGCACCGGGCCGGGAAGGCCGGGCAGCAGCACAAACAUAGGACCAGGGCGACCAGGCAGCAGCCUGGCAACAGGACCAGGGAGGCCGGGAAUCAGUCCAAGCACAGGAGCCAAGCGACCAGGCAGCAGCCUGGGCACCGGCCCAGGGAGGCCGGGCAUCAGCGCGGGCGCAGGAGCUGCGCGACCAGGCAGCGGCCCGGGCACGGCUGUCAAACCCAAGUGUACUGUCGUGUCAGAAACCAUUUCUUCUAAAAACCUUGUCACAAGACCUAGCAACGGACAGAUGAAUGGAAUGAGACCUUUUCCAGGGCAUAGACCUGUGCUUCAUCCACAAGGUCUUGGAAGACCACCUAUUAGUUACAAGAGACAAAUAGAAGAUGAUGAUGAUGAUGAUGAUGAUGAAUAUGACUCUGAAAUGGAUGACUUCAUUGAAGAUGAAGGGGAACCUCAAGAGGAAAUAUCAAAACAUAUUCGGGAAAUAUUUGGCUAUGACCGGAAAAGGUACAAAGAUGAAAGUGAUUAUGCCUUACGUUAUAUGGAGAGCAGCUGGAGAGAGCAGCAGAAAGAAGAAGCUAGGAGCUUGAGACUCGGUGUUCAGGAAGACCUGGAAGAACUGAGACGGGAAGAAGAAGAACUGAAACGCAAGAGACAGUCUAAGAAGCUGAGGACACGUUAACUGACUUACGGUGUUGACUUUGUUCAUGUUUCUGCUCCCCUCUGCCUCCAUACAUUUCCUAUUCUACUUCAGUUCCCAUUUGCUUGUUAGAGGGCAAAAGAAUAUUUAAAGGGAUUAAAGUACUGAAAAGCAAGGCUUUAGUUUGACCUAAAUAAGAUAUUUAUUUUUAAUACUUGCCAGGGUUGUUUUUUUAUGAAGAAAUGAAUGCACUAAUGCAUACUAAA